UCAGUUGAGUUCAUUGAGUUCAGUGUUUGUAAUUCAUUCGAUAUAGGUUAUAUUUUGACAUUUUGAUUUUGAAAUUAUAAAAAGGAAGCAAAGAAGAUGUCUAGGAAGAAACAUAAUGUUUCCUAUAUUAAGCCAGACGAACCAAAAUUUUUACGGGAAUUAAAAGAACGAGUUGGAUACAAGGAAGGGCCUACAGUUGACACAAAGAGAGAAGUAUUACCACAAGAUUCAGAUGAUGAAAGAGAAGAGUUUGCAGAGGAGAAGCCUGUUGUAGUUGUAUUGAAUUCUGGUGAUUUAACUGCAGAAGAAGCAGAAUCAUUUACAAAAAAAAAAGAAGAAGAGGAAGCUAAUGCUCCAGCAGAUUUAUCCAAAAGAAUUAUAUUUAAAAAGAAUAAAAAAGAUGAAAAGUCAGAUACUACAGAUAAACCAGUAAAAAAGAAGAUUAGAAAAGAAAAACAAGAAAAAGUUGUACUAUCUUUUAAUGAUGAUGAGGAUGAUUGUGUUUAG